AACAAAAUAAUUUCUAAUGAACUGCGCCUCCAUGGUUUCCAAUAACAAACAAGGAUAAACUUUGGUCUUCACACCAAAAUACGGGCAGCUGACAGGAUCAAACUCACCAUCAUCCAGAUAACAUUUUAUGGUCCUCAUAAUUGCCUGCUGCAAGUAACCUUGGCCAGGACAGUUGGUGUUUUCAUUAUCAACACAUCAUUUACCCGAAACUGGAACAUGAGGAAGAAGAGGCCUCCAGAGCAGGUGUCUGUACUUCAGGCAGUUAGAGUCUCCCAGGCACCAGAGAAACUCGGAGAGAAAGACUCAGGGUGGCCCAACAGGGCAUCUGGAAAAGGGGACACAGAGGGGUUCAGAAGGCGUGGUCCGACUGGACAGGUCGACGCUGUGCAUGGGUGUGGGGACAGGAGGCAGCCCAGUCAGUCAGGCCCUAGGCCCGGCAAAGUGGUGCUGCUGAGAAGAGGUCCAACAGGCUCCACUGUUAGCAGCAGCAGCACCACCACCACCACCACCAAUAAAAAAGUCACGCCAAAGAAGAAGGUGGAGUGGAUCCCCUACACAUCUGCCCCCUCCAGCCCAGUGCUCAGCUCUGUGUGGCUCUACAGGCAUCGCAGGAAGUGUACCGAGCACAGAGAGCCCAGUCCCGCAGCCCCCACAGACCAGCUUGACAACUUCAGCCUAAACCAGCCCCUCCUCCCCAUGGACAUGGAGAGACCGGGCGCCGGGAAGGGAUCCCAAGUGCUGGGGUUCAGAGCUGCCAGCUGGACUGAGAGCAAAGCAGCUCCGGAGGCCUGGGGACAGGAGUGUCAGGAGCCUUGGGUGUCCAGAUACCCACCCUCAGUGGGGCCCAGGGAAGAGGCCGAGGCUCAGGCGGAGAGCCCCGACCAGGAUGGGGGUUGUUACUAUAGCGCUGCUCCGGGCUCCAGUGGGGGUAUGAUGCCUUUCCGGCGGAAGAAGAGCACCAACCUGCGGCCAAGUGUGUCCUGGGCAGACGACGACUACUGGGCCAGCUGGGACGACUGGAAUGUGGUCAUCGACUGGGGGGACAAUGGACCCUCUAAGCGCAGGGGUAGGAACCGCAACCGGGAGGGCAAGAGAAGCAGCAACCGUUGGGGUAACAAGGGCUGCCAGAGGUGACCACGGUAACAGCAGUCAGUGGUGGUGUCUCUGGUGUGCACAUACGACGGCCAUCUGGCUAAACUCCUCUUUUGUCUGGAUGACAUUUUAGAAGUAGACACUGAUAAUAAAGAGCUAUAUUUUUUUUAUUUUAAAAA